AAGCCGGGUAAGAUGAACGUACUGAGGAAAGCGGACGACGACGAAGAACAACCCGGAAGUGCUUUGGAUAAUUCAUAGAGGGCUCGCGUUGCUAACAGGAUGAGCAGGCCAGCGGAUGAGCUGAGAUGUAGCGAGGAGGACGCUGUGGACCGGGAGGACUUUUUUGACUGCCAAGAGACUUUGGAGCAUCCGGACCGGGGAGACCGGGACGGACGACACGCCAAGACAGACAUGAGACGCGAGACGCCGGACGACACAAGAAUAGAACCGCUUGAGGACACGCUGAACGAUUCCAAUGACGACUUGAAGGAGCGCGGAGAAGAAGUGGAAGAUGAGCAUCAGAAGGAGGAAGAGGAGAAAUUGACAGAGGAGGAAAAGGAGAGCCGACGAUUGCACAGUCUCGUCUUGAAGGAGGAAGGAAAUUGCCACUUUAAAAAUGGAGAUUGGUCUCUGGCGGAGCAGAGCUACACGCAAGCGUUGGUGUUGUGUCCGCGCUGUUUCAGCCAAGAUCAAGCCAUCCUGUUCUCAAACAGAGCGGCUGCCCGACUGCACCUGGACCGGAAGGAUGACGGGAUUGCCGAUUGCUCCAGAGCGUUGGAGCUGAAGCCAGACUACCUGAAGGCCUUGCUGAGGAGGGCUGAGCUCUACGAGCAGACAGAGCAGCUGGAGAAGGCGCUGGACGACUACCAGAAGGUUCUGGAGCAAGACCCUGGGCAGGCGGCGGCCAGGCGGGCCUGCGUGAGCUUACCUCAGCAGAUCCAUGAGAAGAACGAGAAGCUGAAGGAAGAAAUGUUAGGUAAGCUGAAGGAGCUGGGGAACAUGGUCCUGCGACCGUUCGGCCUAUCCACCAGCAACUUCCAGGUCAACCAGGACACCAACACGGGCUCCUACUCCAUCAACUUUGUCAACAAGCCCAACAACACGUGACUGCGCCGCACCGUCUUUCCACAAUAAACCUUUGCUGUCCCAUCCCAACCCCGGGCUAAUCAAUGAGCAAUCAA